AUGGUAAUAGUGGUUGAAGAUGAUGGGUGCCCCAAUGCAGCUCUGGAGGCAGGGGUUGGAGACAGGAUACAGGAGAGAAAGAAGGGUGCUAGUCAGGAGUUCGAAGCAAUAACCGCAGCUAGCAGUAAAAAGGAAAAUAAACCAACACGGCACUACAAAGAAAAGUAA